GGCUUCACAAAUGCGGGAUUGUGUAAACUCUUAGUUUAAAGUUAACAAAAAUGAAGGUUAAGGUCCUUUCAAGGAACCCAGCAGACUAUAUUCGAGAAAGAAGGACCGAUAUUCAUAAGAUCCAUCGCAAUUUUGAUCCUUCGUUGCAUCCAUUCGAAGCACCGCGCGAAUAUACACGGGCACUGAAUGCCAUCAAACUCGAACGCGUGUUUGCCAAACCGUUUGUUGGUUCGUUAGGCGGACACACAGACGGUGUAAAUUGCAUUGCUAGACAUCCAAGGAGUCUAUCUGUGUUGCUGUCUGGGUCUUGCGAUGGAGAGGUUCGCUUGUGGAGUUUGCCACGUAGAGAGUGCCUGAAGACAUUAACAGCACACACUGGUUUUGUGCGUGGUUUGUGUACCUCUCCCUCUGGAAAUACUUUUCUCUCUGUUGGGGAUGACAAAGUUAUAAAACAAUGGAGCAUGGAACAAAGCUUUGAUAUCAGCUUGGAGAAUUCACAGACUCCAAUCAACACCAUCAUUGGCAAGAAUCUCUACCAUGGUAUUGACCACAGCUGGAAGAGCAAUGACUUUGCGACAUGUGGAGAGCAAGUUGACAUUUGGAACGAGAAAAGAGCUGAUCCUAUUCGAAGCUUCAACUGGGGCGUGGACACUAUUCACAGCAUCAAGUUCAACCCUAUUGAGACACACCUUCUCGCUAGCACCGCCUCCGAUCGUAGCAUCAUCCUUUACGACAUGCGGGGUUCCGCUCCACUGCGUAAGGUUGUUAUGGAAAUGAGAAGCAACACAGUGGCCUGGAACCCACUCGAAGCGUUUGUCUUCACUGCAGCUAAUGAGGAUUCAAAUCUUUACACAUUUGACAUACGCCGAUUCAAAGAGCCAAUCAACGUGCACAUGGAUCACGUGUCUGCCGUCCUCGACGUAGAUUACUCACCCACGGGACAAGAAUUUGUGAGCGGCAGUUAUGACAAGACGAUAAGGAUUUUUGAGCGGGAUUCUGGGCGAAGCAGGGAAGUCUACCAUACCAGCCGAAUGCAACGCGUAUCCUGUGUGAGGUUCAGCGGGGAUUCCACUUAUGUACUUUCUGGAAGUGACGAGACAAAUAUCAGAAUAUGGAAAGCUAAUUCUUCACAGAAGCUGGGAGCGCUUGCACCACGAGAAAAAGCAGCUUUCAGUUACAAUACAAAGUUGAAAGAGAGGUUUAAACAUCAUCCCCAGCUGAAAAGAAUUAAAAGACAUCGCCAUGUUCCCAAAGCGGUUUUUAAGGCAGCCAAGGAAAAGAAGAUAAUGAUGGCUUCUAUAAAGAGGAAGGAGGAGAACAGACGUAUUCAUAGUAAGCCAGGAAGUGUGCCUCGUGUUGCGGAAAGAAAGAAACAUGCUGUUGCCGUCGUUGAAUAAGCAAGCAAACAAAGAAAGGUGCGCUGAUAAGUAUUUACAGGCAUGGCGGAUCCUUGAUCAGGCGAUUGCAACAGAGGAACGUGAAGUACAUCAACGCAAAUCACUUGUGACCUGUGACACAAUUCCGAUAUAGUGUAUAAAAGGAAACGUUUCGAGCUUCUUUUUGUACGAGAAUUUGCGGAGUUAUGAGCGAUGAUUGUCGGAAAAAACUCCUGGACCGAAAUUUACCGACUUGUUGAAGCAGAAUAUCGGAUUUUAUUUUAUUUUGUUUUGAGAAUCUGGCGAGGAAUGACUUGAUUCUGGGAACAGUUUGAAGCGUCUUUUUCGGGGCAUUGUGGCACAUUUUGCGGACUAAAGGGAAGAUUUUGGUGCGCUAAAAUGCAUUUUAGCCUGCUCGCACGCCCUCAUGAUUGUUCAGACUGUUAUGUUGUCAUAUUUUUCAGUUUAUAAUUUUUUAACGUCCUCCAAUGUGAUUCAAAUAGUAACAGGGUUUGUGUUUUUGGACAUAAAUAUGUUUUGAGCCUUUCUCGGGGCUCAUUUUAAGCCUAUAACCUCUAAGAGUGAGUGGUAUCUAAUUUCCCCUCACUAUAUCACCCCUGAAUCAACCAUCAAGGUCAGGAGAAUAAAGGAACUGAUCACCAACUAAAGAAGCUCUUGAUUGUUAGACAAAUUCUCCUUGUCAGCACCUAAGGAAAUGUAUAGAGAACAGUAUGGAGAAUAUGCAUACUGAUGUUAGGGUGUAAAGGGUUAAUACUCGCCUAGUUGCUCGGGCUAAAAUGACUCUGAGUCUGGCCCAAAACAUAUUUAUGCUCGUGAACAUAAACUCUGUGAAACUUUAGUCUAAUCGUCCGUGUGAGUGUAGUCCUGAGAAGGACUGUUGUCGGUGUAAUUGUUAAGAACAACUCCCUGAAAAAACCUGUUGGCCGACAAUCCGGCAAUUGUCGGCUGACAGUUUUAAGCAGACCUUUUGGCCGAUGACAGACGGCCGACAAUCGGCAAUCUGUUGGUGAUCUGUCGGUAGCUUGUCUGUUACAAUAUACCGUAUUUAUCGUCCAAACUUCAUCUGACUCAAACGCUACAGUGGGUAGAGGGAUGUAUUCUCUGGAAUUCCGGCCAAAUUUAGCGUCAGUACGUACGGGAAUUGACGAAAUACUGAUAUCGCAAUCUAUCCGCCAUAUUGGAAAGGUAAUCUCGAACCCAGCUACCCGCUCACUUAUGAACUAAUAAUCGUAUUACUGCGCAGAAAAGUUUAUUAGGACGACGAUGACAUGGUUGAUCAAUCAGACAUGGUUUGAUGCUACUCUGGUUUACAGAUUUAAUGAAUGUAACGGAAGAAGUUACAAUUCAUAGACCCAACGUUUCGACUCUCCUGUCUAGUGCCUUCUUAAUGUAUUUUAUGGUUGAUCAAUUUUUGGUAUCGUUUAUACUGUACUUCAAAUUCGUUCACUCAAAUUCAUUCAUUCAAAGAUAUAAGAAACUAGACUCAUGAUAAACAUUAAGUAUACCCACAUUUCAUACCAAAAGGUGGUUUGCAAUGCAUUUUAGGGCGAUUUGUGGUUCUUAAGUUGAUGAUUUUCAGCAAUGUGAUUGUUGACAUCAACCUUCCCCGUCUUAUGCUUGUGUUCAGUCAGUCUUUUUGUAAGGUUUCUGCCAGUCUCUUCGAUGUAGAGGGCUUGGCAGUCGGCCGAGCAGUUGAUCCUAUAAACCGCUCCCUGUCUGUUCUCUAGAUCAUCACGGCAAAACUGACCAAUCGGGUUUUACGAACCGGACUUUGAACUUCCGACUAACAAAAACUACCCACUUGACUUUGAUGAUGACUUCCGCUUAGGUUAAAGAAAACUCAGUCACUACAACCGAUAACAGUCUUUCUCACGACUUCAAUGAAGCCAUUUACUGUUCGACUAAAACUCUAUUGUUUUAUUUAUAUUUACCAAAGAGAAGGAGCUAUAGCUAACAGUGAAACGUUUUUAAGAAUAGAUUGGGGUAGUGAUGUUAGCUUCUCGUGUUGGAAUAUCAUUUUGUGAUAAUAAUUUUAAUAGAGCUUUUAAAAUCAUGGCAAUUAUUUUUGCAUUAGCGUUCAGCGUUUGUAUGUCAGUUCUUCAGCCUUACGUGCCAUCGAGUUGAAAAAUGAUUAUGCAGAAAAAUUCUCAAUAUUGAUACUAGAUACCUCUAAGAGAUGACCAUCGAUGCGAUUUGGAGUAUAAUUGAAAAAUUCGACUUGGAAAAUUACCAUUUUCAAUGCGCCUUUCUAUGAGUGUUUUAUUUCCGUCUAUUUGUUCAAGAUAUCGGAAAUUAAAGUAAAUUUUUAGGUGAUUUGAAUCAUGUUCCCAACAAGAUUUGCAAACUAAUGCCGCUAUUUUUCGUGAUCAGUGAAAAAUUGAAUGAGAAAACAAUUUUAGUUAAAAGAGCCGCGUCUGAAACAGUUAUAUUCAAGGAGAUUUUCUGUCGUGAUUCAUCAACUUACGAUUUCCUGAAGCUAUUAUUUUGCAGGUUCGCCUUUUUUUAUAUUCACGCCAAGGAAAAAAACCUGAUUGAAAUAUCAAUCCAAAACUUUGAAAGAAUCAAAUUAGGCACGAAUCACCUGUCUUACUUUUAAAGUAUAAUAAAACAUUGAGAUGUGUUGGGUUUGUUAGGCAAUUUCGGUGAGUCUCUUGU